GACACGAGGCGGAGGGAGCGCUCAGUGAAUGGGCGGGGGGGGGGAGUUGCCUUCACGGAUGUGUGCCUGCGCUCACGAGAAGGAGGUGUGUGUCUCUCUCCAGUGUUUGCAUCUAUUCGGAGGCAAAAGAAGCGGUCUGUAAGCUGGACGCGAACGUGCAAACAUGUCACGAGCGCCCGGCUGUGCAACGGCAGCGUCCGAAUAAGCCAUAAAGGGGAUAAGCAGCGGGCUACAUUGGGAUAAAGCAAUGGGUGGACAGAUAACGCGGAAUGCCUUUUACGAUUCCCUUGGUGGUCCUUUCCCGUCCACGUCCCACCGAUGCCACCACAAACCCAAGAGGUGCCUGCCUAUCCAGUGUGGCAGCGUUGGCGGGCCCCUUCACAUCAGCCCACUCCUCUUCCAUCCAAGCGCCAAGGGAUCCCAAAUCGUCAUGGACGUAGUCCAGAGGACAGUCAAGAGGCAGGCCAGCUUCUGCAACGCCAUCACCUUCAGCAACAGGCCCCUAGCGCUGUAUGAGCAAGUCCGCCUCAAGAUUACUAAAAAGCAGUGUUGCUGGAGCGGGGCUCUACGUCUGGGCUUCACUGCCAAAGACCCCUCCAGGAUAAACCCUGACAGCCUGCCCAAGUACGCCUGCCCCGACCUGGUGUCCCAGAGCGGCUUCUGGGCCAAGGCCCUGCCUGAGGAGUUUGCCAACGAGGGCAGCGUUAUCGCCUUCUGGGUUGACAAGAAAGGCCGAGUCUUCUACCGCAUUAACGAGUCCAGUCCCAUGCUGUUCUUCAGUGGAGUUCGCACGGCCGAGCCCCUCUGGGCCCUUAUUGAUGUCUACGGUCUGACCCGUGGUGUGCAACUGCUAGACAGUGAGAUUGUUCCUCCCGACUGCCUCCGCCCGCGCUCCUUCACCACGGGGCGCUCGUCCUCGCUCCGCCGCGAAGCCGACGACUCGCGCCUGUCCGUCAGCCUGUGUGACCUCAACCGGCAGCAGGAGGAGGGACGCCACGCCCACACUCACUCCCACCGCCACACCCUCCACCUGGCUUCUGCCUCCCCGUCCUCCACCUGCCCCAUUCCCCAGAACUCCCUCAACUCGCAGCAGUCCUCCCUGCUGCCGUCGGCCCUGGAGAGCGACCUGCACUUCCACCAGCUGCGCGGCGCCCACAUCAAGACGCUGGACGAGCAGACGGUGGCACGAUCCGAGCACGGGCGAGAGGAGCGCACCCUGGUCUUCACCAACCGGCCCCUGCGCACCGGGGAGACCGUCUUCAUCAAGGUCACCAAGUCCAGCCCGGCGCGCUCGGGCUCGCUGUCCUACGGCGUGACGUCCUGCGACCCGGCUGUGCUGUGUCCCAGCGACCUGCCCUACAACCCCGAGGCUCUGGUGGACAGGAAGGAGUUCUGGGCAGUGUGUCGGGUGCCGACGCCUCUCCAGAGCAGCGACAUCCUGGGCUUCUUGGUCAACCCGGAGGGGGAGGUGCUCCUCAGCCACAACGGCACCAAUGUGGGCAUGCAGGUGUGUGUGGACAACUCCCGCCCACUCUGGAUGUUCUUUGGUCUCCAUGGGGCUGUGACUCAGCUGAGGAUCCUGGGUUCCACUCACGUCGGGGAUCCGCGGGCCACGUCCAACCCCAGCUCGCCCUCCUCCUCUCCACAAACCCCGAGCGCCCUGGGCAGUGGCAGCUCUGACCCGGCGGUGAACGGAGGCCUGUGCUCCGCCGCUUACUGCAGCUCAGCGGGGGGAACAACCCCAAAUUCGCCAGUCAGCCUCCCUAAGUCCCCCACGUUCCCAACAGGCCGCCGGCCCUGGUCCGACGAGUGCUCCAUCUGUUACGAGAACGCGGUGGACACGGUCAUCUACGCUUGUGGACACAUGUGUCUGUGCUACAGCUGCGGACUCAAACUUAAGAAGAUGUCCAACGCUUGCUGUCCCAUCUGCAGAAGGCAAAUCAAAGACAUUAUCAAGACCUAUCGAAGCACGUAAGGGGACGGCCGCUAAUGCACGGAUCGCAAAAGUCCCAGAGUCAAGGGGAAGAAAUGUCUAAGUUCAGGGAACACGAACUCUGGUACUUGUAAUUUGGUAUUUUUAAUACAGUUGUUUGGUUCACUUGCAUGACCUUUUCCAAAAGUCGGUUACCACUUCGCUGGUAGGGGCUCUUGUCACUAGAGAUGGUCCAAUACCAUUUUUUUUAUUCCUGAUACAGAUUCUGAUACCAGACCUUGCGUAUUGGCCGAUACGGAGUACUGAUCCGAUACCAGUGGGUCAUUUAUUUUAUUAUUCAGUUUGACAGUCACUUAUAGCAGAAAAAGAACAUCAAAUAAACUACUU